AUGUCUUUAUCUCUUCAAUCCCUGGUCUUCAACCUCACUGCAUGUGCUGCCAUUGGCGACCUCAGCAGCUGCUCCGUGGCCUGUGCCGAGCACGCCUCAGGGGACGCCACGGCGGUCUGCGCGGCAGAGGGCGGCACCUUUGCCUUCGAGGGCUGCCGGGCGCAUUGCUUGGCCCUGCCGCGAUAUCACCCAUCCACGCAUCCGGAUGGUGUGGUCCAAGCGGCUGAAGUGAGCUGUGCAGAGGGCACUUCGAUCCUACACGGGGCCACGUGCAGUCCAGUUUGCGAAGAGGAGCAGUCUUUGGGUGGCAACAAGUGCCAGGGAAGAAAGCAGAAUCCACAGGAAUGA